GGGAGGGGGGUGAGAGAGGGAUGGGAGAGAGAGUGGACUACCAUGCCGAAUGAGCAAGAGAGGCGGAGAGGAAGCAGAGCUCCAUCAGAUGAAAUGAGGUGAAAGUAAUUCAGGCAUUAAUCAAGCCAGGGCAAAAGGGAGGGUAUACUGUGUUUCCCCCCCCCCCCCCCCCCCUUUCUUUCGCUGCGGAACUGAAAGACAAGGUGUGAAUGAAGGAGCCUACAGUGGCCAGCAGAGAAGCACCACUGGGUCACAGCAUCAAAUCAUGUCUGAGUCGAACACCAUCACUGCUUCCACUGCAGACCAGAAUGGAGCAGUUCCAGGGGAGUCUGUGAAGAAAGAUGAAAACUCUCGGAGGGGAAACUGGGGCAACCAGAUCGAGUUUGUCCUCACAAGUGUGGGCUAUGCAGUGGGCCUGGGCAACGUCUGGAGGUUUCCCUACCUGUGCUACAGAAAUGGAGGAGGUGCCUUCAUGCUGCCAUACUUUAUCAUGUUGGUAUUCUGCGGCAUCCCUCUCUUCUUUCUUGAGCUGUCCUUUGGUCAGUUUGCCAGCCUUGGGUGUCUGGGUGUCUGGAAGAUAAGCCCUAUGUUCAAAGGUGUUGGUUAUGGCAUGAUGGUGGUGUCCACCUACAUCGGCAUUUAUUACAAUGUGGUCAUUUGCAUUGCCUUCUACUACUUCUUCAUGUCCAUGACAAACCUGCUACCCUGGACGUACUGCAACAACCCCUGGAACACUCCGGACUGCAGCGGGGUGGUUGGCGGUGCCACCCAGCUGAACGGCAGCCUGGUAAACGCUACUACCAGCCUGCUAGCAGGGGCAACGGAGGUAGUCAACCGCACCAAGAGGACCAGCCCCAGUGAGGAGUACUGGAAGCACUAUGUAUUGAACAUCUCCGAUGAUAUUGGAAACUUCGGAGAGGUCCGCCUCCCCAUCCUGGGCUGCCUGGCUAUAUCCUGGUUUGUGGUCUUCCUCUGUCUCAUCAGAGGUGUGAAGUCUUCAGGAAAGGUGGUAUAUUUCACAGCCACAUUCCCUUAUGUCGUUUUGACCAUUCUGUUCAUCCGUGGCAUCACUUUGGAUGGAGCCAUAAAUGGCAUCAAGUACUACCUGACUCCACAGUGGCAGAAGGUUCUUGAUGCAAAAGUGUGGGGAGAUGCUGCCUCACAGAUCUUCUACUCCCUGGGCUGUGCCUGGGGCGGUCUCAUUACUAUGGCUUCUUAUAACAAGUUCCACAACAACUGUUUUAGAGACAGCAUCAUCAUCAGCAUAACUAACUGUGCCACCAGUGUGUAUGCCGGCUUUGUCAUUUUCUCCAUCCUGGGCUUCAUGGCGCACAACCUGAACGUUCCAGUGUCUGAAGUGGCUGACCAUGGCCCUGGACUGGCCUUCGUGGCCUACCCUGAAGCUCUCACCCUGCUGCCAAUCUCACCUCUGUGGUCACUGCUGUUCUUCUUCAUGCUCAUCCUUUUGGGGCUAGGAACUCAGUUCUGCCUGCUGGAGACGUUGGUUACGGCCAUUGUGGAUGAGAUCGGCACAGACUGGAUUAUCAAAAAUAAGACCAUAAUUACACUCUCAGUGGCCGUAGCUGGUUUCCUGCUGGGCGUUCCACUGACCACACAGGCAGGAAUCUAUUGGCUGUUACUCAUGGACAACUAUGCUGCCAGCUUUUCUUUGGUCGUCAUCUCUUGCAUCAUGUGUAUAUGCGUCAUGUAUAUUUAUGGUCACAGGAACUACUUCAAGGAUGUUGAGAUGAUGCUGGGCUUCCCUCCUCCUCUCUUCUUCAAAGUCUGCUGGCGAUUCAUCUCACCUGUCAUUAUCUCUUUCAUCCUGAUCUUCACAGUGAUCCAGUACAAGCCCAUCACUUAUAAUGAAUACGUGUAUCCUGGCUGGUCCCUGGCUAUUGGCUUUGCCAUGGCCCUGUCCUCAGUGAUCUGCAUACCCAUUUAUGCCCUGUACAAGAUCUCCAGGUCCCCAGGGGCCACCUUUAGAGAGCGGUUGAAGCACGCAUGCCAACCACACCCAAAGUGGGGCCCGGCCCUGGCCGAGCACAGGACGGGCCGCUACGCCCCCAUGGCUUCUGCUGACACCGUGGAGGCCCGGCCCCUGAAGGAGAAGGAGGAGCUAAGAGAAGAGCACAAGGAAGAGGAUAAAGCAAAGGAGACAGAGAAGAAGGAAGAGAUCAGCCUCACCAUCCAGGGAAGCAACGGCUCCACCAACACACACAACAACCCUAACCCCAGCGCAUAGACGCCACCCCUCUCUGUCAGCGCUACUGGGCAUGGCCUCCGCGGCCCACCGUGUCCUCCUUCUCUUCCACCCUUUUCCUCACUUCUCCUCCAUCCUCACCCUUACUUUCCCACAGUCCUCUGUGGGGGAGAUCCCAUUCGCUGGAGACCUUUACAUAUUGUAAGGGCUUAUUAUAUCUAUCCUAACCUCUUCUAUCUGUCUGCGUGUUAUCUCUAGAUAAAUGAAGAAGAGAAAAAAAAAAAAAUGAAAGGAGAAAAGAAACGGGUUCAUCGCCCAAAAGAUCCGUGCGUAUGUUAGCAUGUAAGUGUGUGUAUAUGUGUGUGGGAGUGAGUUGUUAAUUUGUUCCGCAUAUUUAAAAAAAAAAAAAAAAAUGCCGUUUGUUUUUCCUUUCAUUUUUUUUGUUGUAAAUGUCAUCCUCAUCAGCAGUUAGAGGUACAGUAGAUUGUGAAGCUGCAUGUGCUUGUUUUGUGCAUGCAGUCGCAAAGAGACACGCGCUGUUCUCCUGUAUUCAGUUCGCUGGGUCCGUUUGGGAUGGAUGACUUCGUAGUGGCAGCAGUCGGACAGCCGGAAACCUGUUGUGGUGCUGUAGCGUAGAGGGGGGACGGCCAACCGUGUCGGCACUGGCCAUCUGAUACGGAAGAAUGAAAAUAGGCUUCAUUUUGCAGUCAGAAAAGGAGGCGGAUACGCUGUAUCAUGGUCAUAGGAGAAAAGGAUCAGACCUGCUUUACUCAAAAAUAAAGACAGAAAUAAACUAAUGGCUCAAAAAGUAAGUUUGCCAAAAAAAAA